AGCUAGCAGUGUGUACAGGAAGCACCAGCCAGCCCCCAGCACCUCCAACCAGCUCUGAAGCAUCCUCCUCCAGUAGGUGGGCAGGCCGGCGGGCAGACACAGCACGUAAGACCUACGGGCCUUCCUUCCACGCAUGGGGGGAAGCCGGUACCCUGGCUGGAUCCGCUGCAUGCUGCUGGGAGGGGGGAUUGGCACACGGCGGGCAUAGCUGAACGUUCCACAUUCAGAAUGUCUGAGGCCAUAGAACCCAGUGACACCCACCUGGCGCCAGAGGACAUGAAAGGGUGUCAGAGUGUGGGCAGCCCAGAGUCCACGGAGAGUGACAUGUUAAAGCAUGUCCGAGACACCCUGACCUGGCAGAGGCCCCUCCGGACCCUGAUCACCUUCAUCUUCGCCAACUUCCUCUUCUGGUUUCUUGCCCUAACUCCUUGGAGAAUGUAUCAUUUAGUGUCACUCAUCCUGCUUGGCCUUGUGAUGGUUCAAAUUAUGAAGCAUUUCAUACUGUCCAGACCUAGAGGUGCUCAGCUGUGGAGAAAUAUCAGUAAAAGGUGGGAGAUAAUGAGUUCUUCGGAAUGCAAGCCUCGGCUCAGUCAGUGUAUUGCAGAAUCAUGGUCAAGCUACAGUGCAUUUCUGCAGGAACUAUCUCACUUUAAGCAGCACAAUCCUGGCAAGUUCUGCCUAGUAGUUUGUAGCAUCUGCACUUUCUUCACCAUAUUGGGAAGCUACAUUCCUGGAGUUGUCCUCUCUUAUUUGAUAUUAUUAUGUGCCUUUUUGUGUCCCUUACUAAAAUGCAAUGACUUUGGACAUAAAGCAUGUAAUAAAAUGAAAUCAGUUCUGCAGAAGCUGUACUUUGGAGUCAGUCAGUGGAAAAAAACAAGAUCAAAAAAAGAAGCUAAAAAAAGCCCUGGAGAUGACAGUGAAUUGGAUCUAUCUGCGUUAUGUCCUCAGAUUAAUCCUGCAAUGAUGGCAAAGGAGCUUUCACUGUCUGACACAGAACCUUCAGAAGUGUCCUGGGACAACGGGACCUUCAACCUGUCAGAAGGAUACACUCCGCAGACCGAUACAUCAGAUGAUUUUGACCGGAAAAGUGACCAGGAUGAGAUGUUUUCCAAAGACAUGGCAGAAUUUCCUUCACUGGAAAACGGCUCAGGAUCAAACGAUGAUGACUUGAGCAUAGGUCUACCUUCCAAACCAAAAAGCAAAGCUGAGAAGACCAGCAGAACAAGUAAAGAGAAAUACUCUGCAGCAGCUCUUUCACUUCUGCUGAGUGAUGAGCAACCCUUUCACCUAGUGAGUGGUGUGGCCAAGGAAGCUGUAACAGCUGCAGUUUCCGCACUUAUAACGGACCAGUUACAAUCAGCCUUGCUAUCACAGCCUCCUCAAGUUGCCAGCUCCAGUGAAGAUACUGAUAAUGAAGAAGCUGAUGACUUUGAACUUCUGGAUCAGUCAGAGCUGGAGGAUAUUGAGUCAGAACUGGAACAUACACCAGACCAAGACCCAGUGGGCAAGAAGCCAUCAUCAGGAUUUCUCUCCAGCCUUCUUGGAAGGCAUUAACACAUCCUCAUGCGUGGGAUGAAGGACAGAACAUACAUGACACACAAAAACAACAAAUCAGAGAAACAAACACGCAGCUCAAUAAAGUAGGGGAAUUGUGUAAGCUGUUAGCUUUAAGUAUUGCUUCUUUUAGAGUUUGUUGUUGCUGUACGCUCAUGUGAACUGUACUGGUUACCUAUCUGCUGUCUCACUGAUUGUUUCCCCAUUGAAGCCUUGUCGCAUGGAGUUCAGUUAUUGUGUAUGUUCUCUGCACUUGCAGACAUGAGCCUUAGAGGUUAUAUGUUUAAACAAUAUUAAGAUAUCUAUUACUGCCUUUCUUUUAUUCCCUCAUCUGGAAAAUGUUAAGGUUUACAAAACGACUUAGCCUUACUACCUAGAACAGUUUUAGUGGAUAAGUCCAUCUUUUCACAAAGUGUGAAUGGAGAAGGUACAAAUAUAGAACCGUAGCAGCCAGUGUUAAUAUAUUAUUAGUAAUGGAAGCUGGCUUAAAAUCACUAUCUGUCAUUUUUCAUAGGAUAGGGCUGGGUGGAUAGUGCAUCGGGCAGGGCAAUAAAGAUGCUCUGCAGUCCAGUAACAGAUAUUUUCAAUUAGUUUCUCCCAAAAAAAGUAAGAUGUGGCCUUAGUCCUAAACUCAUUUAAUGAGUGAACCUAUCAAUACUUACGUAGAAACCAUUUCAAUGUUUAAGAGUUCUUAAUCACAUGAUUGUUCACCAAACAGCUAUAUUUUUUUGAAUGCUCAGGCACAACAAUAAUUGCACUUCCCACCAGUAUGCAUCAUUCAACACUGCUAAAGGGAAGCCAAUUACGUGAACACAGGAAUGCCAUAGGAACUGCUGUGAUGAAUCCACUUCCACGUACUGUAGCAUAUCAAUACACAUACUUACUGUGCAAGACACUUACAGUAUCCAGUACCGAAAAGGGCUUCUGAGACCAAAGCCAGCGCUAGGUGGUGGUCUAAUACCAAAAAAAUAUAUUAACCAACAAACGUACUUCCCUAUUGGAAUGGUUGACUAUUCACAUUAAAUGUGAAAGUGUCAAAAUAAAUCAAAGUGGAAAAACAG